GCAGAGCUGGAUUGCAAAGAGGCACAGGGAAACUUUGGGCAUGCCCAUCACCUUAGUGGCGAGGAGUUCCUGCACGCACACACAUGUCAAAAUAUAUUCUAAACAUGGAGCUUACGGUGAGCCAAAUAUAUCUCAAGAAAGCUACUGUAAAAUGCAUGUAAUGGGCACAUUAUGCCACAUCCUGUGCUGGGCUGUGUUAGAAAACUGUAAAUGCACUUCCCCUUUAGUCUCUACAAUAAAACUAUCAGUUUGGUGCCGUGAUUUACUGCUCCCUUCUAGUGACAGAACACUGAGGUUUGGACAGGUUGUCACCCGCCACUCAUUAAAGAGGGUGCUGUUCAGUGUCAACUGAAUUUGCGUUUAGACAGCGCCAGGAGUCCUCCUCGCCUUCACCGUGAAGCUCCUUAGGCAUGUGGAAGCAGUUCAAAGACUCAUGCCAACUUCACAGAUCUACCCACUGAGUUUGGAGAAGGCUGUGUUCUAUGGAAAUGAAUCACUAAAUCAGCAUACCCCUAGGAUUGGUCUCCACCUCCAGGGGGAGGAGGUGGUAUCCACUCAUACUGUGUGCAAUUGUUCUGUAAAGGGAGGCUUGUCUUCUCACCAGUUGCUGGCUUUGAUGGGUGCAGAAGCCGACCUGUCCCGGACUCAGCAUAACUAACGAAGCUGCUGCAGAAUGAGAAGAUGGCAGCGCGGCUGCUCGCACCACCAGGCCCCGACAGUUUCAAGCCUUUCACCCCAGAGUCGCUGGCAAACAUCGAGAGGCGCAUCGCCGAGAGCAAGCUCAAGAAACCACCCAAGGCGGAUGGCAGCCACCGGGAAGACGAUGAAGACAGCAAGCCCAAGCCAAACAGUGACCUGGAGGCGGGGAAGAGUUUGCCUUUCAUCUAUGGGGACAUCCCGCAAGGCCUGGUUGCGGUUCCCCUGGAGGACUUUGACCCAUACUAUUUGACGCAGAAAACUUUUGUAGUAUUAAACAGAGGGAAAACUCUCUUCAGAUUUAGCGCCACUCCUGCCUUGUACAUUCUAAGUCCUUUUAACCUGAUAAGAAGAAUAGCUAUUAAAAUUUUGAUACAUUCAGUCUUCAGCAUGAUCAUCAUGUGCACCAUCCUGACCAACUGUGUAUUCAUGACUUUUAGUAACCCUCCCGAAUGGUCCAAGAAUGUGGAGUACACAUUCACAGGGAUUUACACAUUUGAAUCACUAGUGAAAAUCAUCGCCAGAGGUUUCUGCAUAGACGGCUUCACCUUCUUACGAGACCCGUGGAACUGGUUAGACUUCAGUGUCAUCAUGAUGGCAUAUGUGACAGAGUUUGUGGACCUGGGCAAUGUCUCAGCGCUGAGAACAUUCAGGGUUCUCCGAGCUUUGAAAACUAUCUCUGUAAUUCCAGGCCUGAAGACAAUCGUGGGCGCCCUCAUCCAGUCUGUGAAGAAGCUGUCAGACGUGAUGAUCCUGACGGUGUUCUGCCUGAGUGUCUUCGCCCUGAUUGGCCUGCAGCUCUUCAUGGGGAACCUUCGAAAUAAGUGUGUCGUGUGGCCCAUAAACUUCAACGAGAGCUAUCUCGAGAACGGCACCAGAGGCUUUGACUGGGAAGAGUACAUCAACAAUAAAACAAACUUUUACAUGGUCCCUGGCAUGCUAGAACCCUUGCUCUGCGGGAACAGUUCUGACGCCGGGCAAUGCCCUGAGGGGUUCCAGUGCAUGAAAGCAGGAAGAAAUCCCAACUAUGGCUAUACCAGCUUUGACACCUUCAGCUGGGCCUUCUUGGCAUUAUUUCGCCUUAUGACUCAGGACUAUUGGGAGAACUUAUACCAGCUGACCUUACGAGCGGCUGGGAAAACGUACAUGAUCUUCUUUGUCUUGGUCAUCUUCGUGGGUUCUUUCUAUUUGGUGAACUUGAUCUUGGCUGUGGUGGCCAUGGCUUAUGAAGAGCAGAACCAGGCAACACUGGAGGAGGCAGAGCAGAAAGAGGCCGAGUUCAAGGCAAUGCUGGAGCAGCUCAAGAAGCAGCAGGAGGAGGCACAGGCUGCUGCGAUGGCCACUUCGGCGGGCACUGUCUCAGAAGAUGCCAUUGAAGAAGAAGGGGAAGAUGGGGUAGGCUCUCCGAGGAGCUCAUCUGAACUGUCUAAACUCAGCUCCAAGAGCGCAAAGGAGCGGAGGAAUCGAAGGAAGAAGAGGAAGCAGAAGGAGCUCUCUGAAGGGGAGGAGAAGGGGGACCCCGAGAAGGUCUUUAAGUCAGAGUCGGAAGAUGGCAUGAGAAGGAAGGCCUUCCGGCUGCCAGACAACAGGAUAGGGAGGAAAUUUUCCAUUAUGAAUCAGUCGCUGCUCAGCAUCCCAGGCUCGCCCUUCCUCUCUCGACACAACAGCAAAAGCAGCAUCUUCAGCUUUCGGGGUCCCGGGCGGUUCCGGGACCCCGGUUCGGAGAACGAGUUCGCAGACGACGAGCACAGCACAGUGGAAGAGAGCGAGGGCCGGCGCGACUCGCUCUUCAUCCCGAUCCGCGCCCGCGAGCGCCGCAGCAGCUACAGUGGCUACAGCGGCUACAGCCAGUGCAGCCGCUCGUCGCGCAUCUUCCCCAGCCUGCGGCGCAGCGUGAAGCGCAACAGCACCGUGGACUGCAAUGGCGUGGUGUCGCUCAUCGGGCCUGGCUCGCACAUCGGGCGGCUCCUGCCUGAGGCAACAACUGAGGUGGAGAUUAAGAAGAAAGGCCCUGGAUCUCUCUUAGUCUCCAUGGAACAACUCGCCUCCUACGGACGGAAGGACAGAAUCAACAGUAUAAUGAGCGUUGUCACAAACACACUAGUGGAAGAGCUGGAAGAGUCUCAGAGAAAGUGCCCACCGUGCUGGUAUAAGUUUGCCAAUACUUUCCUCAUCUGGGAGUGUCACCCCUACUGGAUAAAACUGAAGGAGAUCGUGAACUUGAUCGUCAUGGACCCUUUCGUAGACUUAGCCAUAACCAUCUGCAUUGUUCUGAACACACUGUUUAUGGCAAUGGAGCACCAUCCCAUGACGCCACAAUUCGAACACGUCCUGACCGUAGGGAACCUGGUGUUCACUGGGAUCUUCACAGCGGAAAUGUUCCUGAAGCUCAUAGCCAUGGAUCCCUACUAUUACUUCCAAGAAGGCUGGAAUAUUUUUGACGGGUUUAUCGUCUCCCUCAGUUUAAUGGAGCUGGGCCUCGCAGACGUGGAGGGGCUCUCAGUGCUGCGGUCUUUCCGAUUGCUCCGAGUCUUCAAAUUGGCCAAGUCCUGGCCCACCCUGAACAUGCUGAUCAAGAUCAUCGGGAACUCCGUUGGCGCCCUGGGUAACCUGACCCUGGUGCUGGCCAUCAUCGUCUUCAUCUUUGCUGUGGUGGGGAUGCAGCUGUUUGGAAAGAGCUACAAGGAGUGCGUCUGUAAGAUCAGCCAGGAGUGCAAGCUCCCACGCUGGCACAUGAACGACUUCUUCCACUCCUUCCUCAUCGUCUUCCGAGUGCUGUGCGGGGAGUGGAUCGAGACCAUGUGGGACUGCAUGGAGGUGGCCGGCCAGGCCAUGUGCCUUAUUGUGUUCAUGAUGGUUAUGGUCAUCGGCAACCUGGUGGUGCUGAACCUAUUUCUGGCCUUGCUUCUGAGCUCCUUCAGCGCAGACAAUCUGGCGGCCACAGACGACGACGGGGAAAUGAACAACCUGCAGAUCUCCGUGAUCCGAAUCAAGAAGGGCGUGGCCUGGGCCAAAGUGAAGGUGCACGCCUUCAUGCAGGCGCACUUCAAGCAACGGGAGGCGGAUGAAGUGAAACCUCUAGACGAGCUGUAUGAGAAGAAGGCCAACUGCAUCGCCAACCACACCGGCGUGGACAUUCACAGGAACGGUGACUUCCAGAAAAACGGGAACGGUACCACCAGCGGCAUCGGCAGCAGUGUGGAGAAGUACAUCAUUGAUGAGGACCACAUGUCCUUCAUUAACAACCCAAACCUGACCGUCCGGGUGCCCAUUGCUGUGGGCGAGUCUGAUUUCGAGAACCUCAACACAGAGGAUGUUAGCAGCGAGUCAGACCCGGAAGGCAGCAAAGACAAACUGGACGAUACCAGCUCCUCGGAAGGAAGUACCAUCGACAUCAAGCCUGAGGUGGAAGAAGUCCCAGUGGAGCAGCCUGAGGAAUACCUGGAUCCAGACGCCUGCUUCACAGAGGGUUGUGUCCAGCGGUUCAAGUGCUGCCAGGUCAACAUCGAGGAAGGACUAGGCAAGUCGUGGUGGAUCCUGCGGAAAACCUGCUUCCUCAUUGUGGAGCACAAUUGGUUUGAGACCUUUAUCAUCUUCAUGAUUCUCCUCAGCAGUGGUGCCCUGGCCUUCGAGGACAUCUACAUUGAGCAGAGGAAGACCAUCCGUACCAUCCUGGAGUACGCGGACAAGGUCUUCACCUACAUCUUCAUCCUGGAGAUGUUGCUCAAAUGGACAGCCUAUGGUUUCGUCAAGUUCUUCACCAAUGCCUGGUGCUGGUUGGACUUCCUCAUUGUGGCUGUCUCUUUAGUCAGCCUUAUAGCUAAUGCCCUGGGCUACUCGGAACUAGGUGCCAUAAAGUCCCUUAGGACCCUAAGAGCUUUGAGACCCUUAAGAGCCUUAUCACGAUUUGAAGGGAUGAGGGUGGUGGUGAACGCCUUGGUGGGCGCCAUCCCCUCCAUCAUGAACGUGCUGCUGGUGUGUCUCAUCUUCUGGCUGAUUUUCAGCAUCAUGGGCGUUAACCUGUUUGCGGGGAAAUACCACUACUGCUUCAACGAGACUUCAGAAAUCCGGUUUGAAAUUGAAGAGGUGAACAAUAAAACUGACUGUGAGAAACUCAUGGAGGGAAACAACACGGAGAUCCGAUGGAAGAACGUCAAGAUCAACUUCGACAAUGUUGGGGCAGGCUACCUGGCCCUUCUUCAAGUGGCAACCUUCAAAGGCUGGAUGGACAUCAUGUAUGCAGCUGUAGAUUCCCGAAAGCCGGAUGAGCAGCCCGAUUAUGAGGGCAACAUCUACAUGUACAUCUACUUCGUCAUCUUCAUCAUCUUCGGCUCCUUCUUCACCCUCAACCUGUUUAUCGGUGUCAUCAUUGACAACUUCAAUCAACAGAAGAAAAAGUUUGGAGGUCAGGACAUCUUCAUGACAGAGGAACAGAAGAAGUACUACAACGCCAUGAAGAAGCUAGGCUCCAAGAAGCCACAGAAGCCCAUCCCCCGACCCUUGAACAAAAUCCAAGGGAUUGUCUUUGAUUUCGUCACGCAACAAGCCUUUGACAUCGUGAUCAUGAUGCUCAUCUGCCUUAAUAUGGUGACCAUGAUGGUGGAGACGGACACGCAGAGCAAGCAGAUGGAGAACAUUCUUUACUGGAUUAAUCUGGUCUUCGUCAUCUUCUUCACCUGCGAGUGUGUGCUCAAAAUGUUUGCCUUGAGACACUACUAUUUCACCAUCGGCUGGAACAUCUUUGACUUUGUGGUGGUCAUCCUCUCCAUUGUGGGAAUGUUCCUGGCUGAUAUCAUUGAGAAGUACUUCGUCUCCCCGACCCUAUUCCGUGUCAUCCGAUUGGCCCGCAUCGGGCGCAUCUUGCGUCUGAUCAAGGGCGCCAAAGGGAUCCGCACCCUGCUCUUUGCCUUAAUGAUGUCGCUGCCCGCCCUAUUCAACAUCGGCCUCCUGCUCUUCCUGGUCAUGUUCAUCUUCUCCAUCUUUGGGAUGUCCAACUUCGCGUAUGUGAAGCACGAGGCCGGCAUUGAUGACAUGUUCAACUUCGAGACAUUUGGCAACAGCAUGAUCUGCCUGUUCCAGAUCACGACCUCUGCUGGUUGGGACGGCCUACUGCUGCCAAUCCUGAACCGCCCCCCUGACUGCAGCUUGGACAAGGAGCACCCUGGAAGUGGCUUCAAAGGGGAUUGUGGGAACCCCUCCGUGGGCAUCUUCUUCUUCGUCAGCUACAUCAUCAUCUCCUUUCUGAUCGUGGUGAACAUGUACAUUGCCAUCAUCUUGGAGAACUUCAGUGUAGCCACGGAGGAGAGCGCCGAUCCUCUGAGCGAGGACGACUUCGAGACUUUCUAUGAGAUCUGGGAGAAGUUCGAUCCUGAUGCCACCCAGUUCAUCGAGUACUGUAAGCUGGCAGACUUUGCCGACGCCCUGGAGCAUCCGCUCCGAGUACCCAAGCCCAACACCAUCGAGCUCAUCGCCAUGGACCUGCCCAUGGUGAGCGGAGAUCGAAUCCACUGCUUGGACAUCCUUUUCGCCUUCACCAAGCGAGUCCUGGGAGACAGUGGGGAGUUGGACAUCCUGCGGCAGCAGAUGGAGGAACGGUUCGUGGCUUCCAACCCUUCCAAAGUGUCUUACGAGCCUAUCACAACCACUCUGAGGCGCAAGCAGGAGGAAGUGUCUGCAGUGGUCUUGCAGCGCGCCUACAGGGGACACUUGGCCAGGCGGGGCUUCAUCUGCAGAAAGAUCACUUCCAACAAGCUGGAGAAUGGAGGCACACACCGGGAGAAGAAGGAGAGCACCCCGUCCACAGCCUCCCUCCCCUCUUACGACAGUGUGACAAAGCCCGAGAAGGAGAAGCGGCAGCGUGCAGAGGAAGGCGGGAGGGAAAGAGUCAAGAGGCAAAAGGAGGUCAGGGAGUCCAAGUGCUAGAGGCGGGGGAAACUUACGCUGGCUGAGCGCGGGCAAGUGAAAGCUUGUUUACAAACUUCCGGAUCUCACGGACGCAGAGCGGCUGCGGAGGAGACGCUGUGCUGGGAGACCUAUACCAAACAUAGUCUGCUUACACGUGAAUGGUUGCAUCCUGAGCGGUGACCUGCUGGGGACAAAGGACCCUGCUCCCUGGACUCAGAUUUUUUCUAUCGCUUGGGCAGACGUUACUGCAUGUUCCACACUCGGUCAAUGCAACUUAGGAGUAAACUUAACAGGAUACAAACAGAGGCGGCUGCCAGGACCAGCAGAUCGCCGCUGCAGCUAAAUGGAUUCUAUUUUUUCAUUUUGUUGAUUCUCAGAAGCAGAAAGCAUCACUUUAAAAGUUUGUUUGUUCAUGCAAACAAUAUUUGCAUUCUUACAUUAGUUAAGCUAAGCAGCAAAAAGAAACACACACAGACAUACAGACACACCAAGACACACACAGACAAACACACACACACACACAUUCAGCCUAUGUCACUAAUCGUCUGUUUCUUUAACAUAACAGCAUCUUCUCCACGUGGGUGGCACAUGGUUUGGAGACGGUGGGGGAAACAGUCAGGGUUUCAGGCUGAGGAGGACUUGCUCAGGCCAAUUCCAAAUAUUGUGCUCGUUCAAUGCGUAGAAAUGACUUGCAUGAUGGCAUGCUGUGUUCAGAAGUCAUGCAUGAGAUCCAUACACCACAAGACACUAGUAAUCCUGUCCCUCGCAUUGGCUCAGCCUUCGGACAGGACCCAGCCCUGCACCGUUCACUGUAUCUGGAGAAAUGGUAAGAGUUCCACACCGGCUGCAAUCCUCAGUGUGCAAGUCUUUCAUACACCUCUGGGUAGGGAGACAUAAUUAACCAAUUAACCACUACCAACAAAAACAACCCAACCAAACAAGCAGAUGGAUCCGCUGCGUGUACACGUUUGACAGACAUCUCUGACAUACAGCCAUUGUCGCACAUUUUGCUGCUCUGUCCAAUACAUGGGGAGACUCUGGCCCCGAAUGGCUUGUACUAUUAAUGUCACUGUAAAACCAAAUCCUAGGGCUAAAAAAAACAAAAAACAAAAAAAAAAAACUAAUAGAAAAAGAGUUCAUUUGUAUCUUGCAAUAUCCUGAUGAUUGUUUAGCCUUCAUCCUGGAGAACUGACCCUAGGGUAGAGAUAAAAGUGCUAUUUAUUGUAGCAUGUUACCUCUAGGGGGCCUUUGGGGGACUUACAGAAACUUCAUGGGGGGGUUGGGGUGCUUACUGCAUUCAGUGUCAUGUCUGUCUGCUUUUCUGUAGGCUCAGGUAGAUACGGAAAGGGGUUCAGAUAUUCUGAACUACCCAGUCCUGCAGAGGGGUUGUCACAAGCUCCUGGCUGCACGGUUCUUCCUGCUUCUGCCGUAUCCCUCUAGCCAGCAGAGCUCCCCUUCCCAGCCGCUCAGGGCUGGUGAGGACAGCAGUGUUGGCUGGGAUAUGGCUGUAGGCUCUUCCAUUUGUAGAAUAAUGGUCUCUAGCAGGACCUGAUGGAGAGAUGGGGCUGCCUCUGGAUGGAGCCACUUGGUCUUGUUUCUACAAUUGGCUUUUGUGAGAAAGGGACUCAGUAGUAAUUCUUUAGGGUGUCACAGCUUCCCCCUGGCCUUUCCUUUCAGCUCACCUUGCUUUCUGCUUAGUGGCCUGCCCACUGUUGUUGGGGGAUGGCUUCUAGAGGGCGUCCUAUCUUCCCUUCCCCCCCCCACCCCCCCGCUUUACAGAAGACAGUUCUUAGUCCAGGGUGUCUCAGCUGACCACAAGGUCUCAAAGCCAAGAUGCUGCACUUGAAUGCCAGAAAGUCUCUCUGAACCAAAUCAUCAUAAACCCUUCCUGCGCAUAGUGUGGAGGGAAGUGAGUGGCCCAUCAGUAGACACAUCAGAUGCACCAGCCCGCCUUGCAGAAGAAGCACUUUGGAUGUGAUCUCAUAGUCCGCCUGACUAGUUUUGCAUAGAACAAACCACAGCCAGUCAGUGAGCAGAGCUUUCUAUCUUCUUGGACCGGUAGACACUGUCCAACUCUCCCAGCUCAGGGAGUGUGUCCGUGUCACCACAGCUAGGACAAGUCUAGAGCGCCACCUGCAGGCAACAUCGCAAACAGCACAAAACAGGAGCUGACCUGUGGUUAUUCUUUUUAAGAGAAUUAUAAAUACUGUAAUAUAUAAUUUUAUUUUAUUGGCAUGCCUUUUUGUAAAUACAAAUUACUAACUUAUUAAAUAGGAAAUGGCUUCUGGCUUAUGCCAUUGUCAUGGUUAUUUUUAUUUUUUAUACUUUCCUUUCUUCUUAGAAUUUAGAAGCUGUCAGCCAAUGUAUACCCCUAACCAGACAGACAGACAAAAAAAUUUUUUAUUGCUAAUGUCUUUUCCAAAACAACAAAAUAUAUAUAUUUUUGUUCCAAUGUGCAAUAAAUUCUAACCACUUCUAUGCAAGAUUUGGCUAAACUCAAUCAUUGUUCUUAGAUCUUGAGAUGGGCAACAGCUAUUUGAUCCUGCUAGGAACACCAAGCGCCAUGCUAGUAAUGUUCAGCUAUUAGAUCUGACCCUCCUCCCCCAGCUCCUGACCCAGCCCGGCAGGCUGUGCCACAGUUUCUCACACCCUCCAACAGCCUCGCAGGGAAGAAGCCGCCUCCAACUCUGCUUGCUCUCUUUCACUCUGACCAGACCUCUCCCAGCGACACCCCUCACCCUCCAUCCGUCCACCCAGCCACUCCCUGCCCGCCUUGCUCUCUCUCUGUCCUGCUCCAUGCUCCUUUCUUGUGAACCACACCAUCACCAGCAGUUCACACCCGCAGUUAACAGGCAUCGAACCUUAAAGAAUCAGCUACGGCAGUUUUUGGUUGGUUUGGUUUUGUUUUGCGUCCUCAUCGCGUGAGCAAGUGGCAGGGCUUUGCCAAAUAUUCACGAAGCCUGUCAAAGAGCGGCAGCAGCCAGUACCACUGCACAUAUAUAUAUAGAUAUAUAAAUAUAAUAUAAAUAUUUAUUUUUUUGUAGCCGGGUCCUUGGUGCAGUAUUUAUAUUCCACGAUCCUCCUUUAAAAAUAAUAAUAAUAAUAAUAAUAAAAGGACAAAAAAGCAAAAAGUCAUGUGAUGCUGUUCAUUUAAAACGCAGAGCCAAAGCCCCUGAGCAGUAGUCGCCAUGACUACUGGUUGUGUGAAAACACUCCCUUCUUCCUUGAUUUCCCUGUGGCUUAGGGUGAGAGGCUGGGGGUCACAGGGCAGAGGGUGGGAGCAGGAAAGUACCCUAAGUCUGAGUGGUCCGCUCUCACCAUCUGGAAAUGAGCCACUUGGGCAUCUGAAGCUGCGGCCAGAGAGACAAGCUCCCCCUCAGGGCCCCUGGAGGGACACAGAGUGCCCCAAGGGCUUCUCUCAUCACCACAAUCAACAUAGUGAACUGUAAGAGACUCAUAGCGCUAGUGAGCGCAUGGAGCCUGACUCCGCCCUAAAGGACACCUGAUCUUUAGAAAUCACUAUUAGCCGAAAGGAAACAAAAUAGAAACAAAAACAAAACAAACAAAAAAAAAACUGGCCCUUUUCACCACACAAGGGAAGCCUGUCUUGCUGUGUGUCUGUGUUUGACUUUCCAGUUGUUGAGUUCUGGAAGGGGUCUGGGAACUGGAGCUUUGGGGAAGGAGAAAAGAAACCAGAGCCUCCCAAUUCUAAGUAGGUACUGCAGAAAAAAGCCAGGUCCUGACUCCCCAGGUCCCUGCUUGCUGAUUGCAUGUGGCAUUACCCCUUAGACUGGACCCCCCCUCCCUCACUGGUCCCACCCAGCAGAGCCCCCAGAGAUUUCAACCAACCUAGCUGGUCUGGCCUUACUUCUGCCUUGUUCAUGGUUAUGAUUUAAGAAAGGAAGAAAAAAAAAAAAAAAACCUCUCCCCGCUCCCUCCACCCCCCAAGGCUAGCGCAAGCACGCUGGCUGCCCGGCAGCUUCCAAUCCACCAGCUUGUGCUUGCCUUCCAUCCACUCCCAUGAUCAGACCAGCAGGCUGGGGCUGUCCCCUCCCAUGUGUGCAGGGGAGGGGACACCCUUCAGGGACAUCCCUCUCCAGGACAUGUCUCCUGGUCUAGGAACACUCAGGAGGAUCUUGAAGUGCCCACUCUAGUCCACUCUAGUAGCUGAACUGGAGAGCAUCCGCUGGUAGGUCAGUCCCCAUCCUUGUCCCUCAGCUCCAGCCUCCAGGCCUUCUGUGGAGGUGACAUUGCCAUGGGUCAGGAUGUGGUGGCCUGAACCCUGGGCAUCUUCUGGAACGAUGCCUCUUUCUUUUCUCAGAUGUUGCCCAAAGUUUUGCAAAAAGCUUCGUUCAUUUUUCAGGUACUCCCCCGCCCCCUAAAGAAUUAGCUGCCAUCAGUCAGCCAGGGGGUCAGGAGAAGAGGAAGUCUGGGUUCAGAGUCAAGACUUGCACCCCGGCCUGUGCUUCUUGCCUCUUCCCAAGACUGCCAAGAUUUCCUCCAUUAAAACACUCCUGAGGCACCCCUGCCCCUGCCCCCACUGCUGUUUGCUGUACAUAGAGGCUAAGUGGGGUGAAGUGGGCAGGUGUGCACAUGUAUGUGUGUGUGUGUGUGUGUGUGUGAAGAAUGUACAUAGGUAAAGGGGAGCGUGGUCCAGUGGUUCCAGAAGAGGGACAGAACUGUGUUCCAUCCCUAGCUUGACCACUGGCUCGCUGUGUGGCCUUGGGCAAGUCACUUAACCUCUCUGUGCCUCAGUUUCCCCAUCUGUAAAAUGGGGGUAAUAAUACUGACCUACCUCACAGGGGUGUUGUGAGGCUUUAACUAGAUGUUUUGUAAAGCGUUCUGAGAUACAGACAAAGGCGCCAGGGAAGGGCAAAGUAUUCUUUGGACUUGAGGAAGAGGAACAAGUACCAUAAACGCUGCUAUUCUGAGAGCCAUUUUAAACUGCACUGCUCCACCCUCCCGCUUCUCAUCACCAGGACAGCAGGUCGAGAAAUGUCUUUCCUUGCACUUGCUUCUGGGGUUUGUGAUUCUUCUGAUUUUUUCCCUUUGCUGUAUCUCCUUCCUUACCCCUCCACUCGUUCCCUGUUCUGUUAAUGCGGAAAUGGCAGAAAUGCUUGAGAAAUGAGAACGUAUAAGUGGAUUGGAAGUUUAUAGUCUGGAUUUUCAAUUUUACUUUGUACUGUACAUCUUUUUACUUUAGAAUUUGCAAUAAAGGGUUACGUCAA